GCUGGACAAACGCGACCACGACGUAUUGCUCUCCCCUCUCACGUUUUAGGCAGUAAAACAGCAGAUUUAUUCGUUUUUAGUCAAUAAUACGAACAAACGGACAAAGUAGACACGUGUUUGUUUAGUAUAUCGAGGAUUUAUAGAAGUAUUUCUUCGCUGCGUGGAGAAAAAGGACCGGAAAGGACCGUUUCCCCCCACGACAGCUGGUUUGCAGAUCCCCCCAUUUGCACUGAAGUUGAGAGAGCCGGCUGAGAUGAGCGGUCCAGAGGUGGCCAAGACACCGGGAGGAGGAGCUCCAGGGAAGGAGGGCAAGGAGCCGGUGGCCAAUGGGCAUGCAGGAGAGGGCAACGACGCCAACCCGUUCGCUGAAUACAUGUGGAUGGAGAAUGAGGAAGAGUAUAACAGACAGGUGGAGGAGGAGCUGUUGGAGCAGGAGUUCUUGGAGCGCUGCUUCCAGGAAAUGCUGGAGGAGGAGGACCAGGAUUGGUUCAUCCCUUCGCGUGACCUCAACAACCAGGGCGUGGGGCAGCUGCAGCAGCAGCUCAACGGCCUGUCGGUCUCCGAUCACCACAGCAACCUGGAGGAAGUGGCGAGGAAGAGCAUCUUGAAUCCCGAAGCGAAGGAGUUCGUCCCGGGGAAGAAAUACUAGGAGUCCCCCUCACCCCCAUGGAGCCUACACGCGCACACACACAGCAGUCCUCACAUAUUCUCAGAGACUCUGGCGGCCACGACCGCGCACACACUGAUUCUCACACACAUGCAUGCACACACAAACAAACUCACACACACACACACAGACAAAUACACUUGAAGUCAAUGGCGUGCUGGCAGGCCCAGUUGGGGGGUGGGGGGAUUUCUUUUUCUUUCUAUCUCUUUUCUUUUUGUUUCUUUAAUCUUUUUAUUUCCUGUUUGUUUCUUGUAAACAGAGGGACAUUUGGGAACUGGGGCGGGGGAGGGGUGUAAUACCAGCACCGCCCUACAGCGGGCGCUAGCUCAUCAUUGCAUUUCAGAAUACACGUUGAUGUCUUGCAGAGUACGCAGAUUUCAUCGAUGUCCCCUCGGAACUGAGGCAGCUACCAAGGAGUGAUGCCAGGACAAAAGUUUAAUCCAAAAAGUCUAAAAAAAACAAAACAAAACAAAACCUUGAAAAAUAACUUCACAUACUUGUUAAUUUGCGUGCUGUCCAAUUGAAAAACAUCCAGGGUUUCCGCAACAAGUGAGGUUAUAGAAUGACUAACAUUUCAGGGGAUCUCAUUGGUUUCUGCCGCUGCUCUGCAGAGUCAUCAAAGUCUAAAUCCGCUAAUGUUUGCUCCUACGAUGUCAUUAGCUCCCUGUGACAUCACAGCUCUCGUACAUGUCAAGAUGCAGGUUGUUAUUUGUAUCUGCAGCGGUUGCGUCCCAAACCAAAUACAGCCCACCCUCAGCCCUCCCUGCACGCUUGUUUUUUUUGAAGUGAUCCGAGCAGAUGUGGACAGCUGUAAUCAUGGAUAAGAAAUUAUUUUCCCAAUUUAUGUGGAAGUCCAUGUUUCUCUUUUGUCCAGUUGUAUUAGAUCAGAGGUGCGAGUUUUUUCCGAUUACCUUGCAUCAAGUCAUCACGAGUGAAGGUCAGAGCUUUUUGAAGCGUGCUGUCAGUCAGAUAUAUUUUCGUUCACAGCUUCAUUCCUUGGUUAAGUGUGAAAGAACGAGGUGUAGUAAAGGUUUUUGUUACAGGGAGUAUUUGGUGUGGAACGCAGCCACUGCCUCUCUCAGCUGGAACAGCUUGGUUUGUCCAGCAUCAGAUCAAGUGUCCAUACCCAAAUCAGGUUUUCAAAUAGCCUCUCCUCCUCUAUUUUUCUUUAUUAUUUUUCUUCAUGUUUUUUGAGGAUGAGGCAUUUUGUGUCUCUACUGGGUACAGUAGCCUGUGGUGUCCAUUCAGUCCUGAUAGUAGGAAGAAACGUGGGGAGGUGAUGUUCUCACAGCCUGUCUGAAUAAAGCAGUAUGGAACACGUGGCGGACAGUAUUGCCUCCUUGCUGUUCUUCCUCGUCCUCAAGGACACGGAUUGACUUUUUUUUUUGUUCUUUUUUUUGAGGAAGUUCUUCUUUUUAACUGUAGAAACAUGUUCCAUGUUUUUAACCAUGGGUCCCUGUUGAGGUCUGGCUUUCCCUGAAGCAUCUCCCUCCCAGUCAAGUCUAAACUCCGUUAAUUUGUGAGCCAAUAGGAAAAGGUUGUAUAUGUGAAGAUGCUUUGGAGGAAACCCAGAUUCUAAUCAACAGUAAUCAGUUACUUUGCAUGAUCCGAACAUUAAUUUUCACACUAACGAUUAAAGUAGACCACUGUUCAUUUGUGGUUUUAGUGUCAAUAAUGUGUCAUGCAUUUUACCGUAACAGUGUUAAGUAGACACUUGAGCACUUGUGCUUCUUUGAAUUUAGAAGCAUCUGAAGGGCAAAAGCGCUUCAAUCCAUCUACGCAGCUUUUCAGCCCAGCCAAGUACUCAGGUGUGUUCUUAAACAGUAGAGACAGUGACGUGUCAGGUAAAAGUUGAACUUCCUCACAUGGUGUUGGACCACAGCUGUCAGAAUGGCACCCUGGUGAAGCCAAUAGGAAUGUCCGCCAGGUGGAUUGUACUACAAGAAAUCAUUUUUGGUGAUUUUAUUUGAGUUAGGCGACAGAAGCCGUUUAAAAAAAAAAACAAAAAGAGGUCCAGAAGACACAGAGUAUCAAUUUCAUUACAAAUAAAAAUAAUGAAAAAAGUUAAUAAAGAUGUUAAAGACAAA